AAUUCAAAUCUAGAUGUAAACACAGAUUUUGUUUGUCAUUUUUAGUAAUAGCUAUUUUUGUGCAUUUAAUAAUAGAGAUUAAAUAAAACGAUAUGAUUGAAUAUCUGCUUUACUUAUUGCUAUUGCACGCAUCAACUGCUACUAUUGAUGGAGAAUGGAAAGGUAAUUGGUUCCCCAAAUCGCCGGAUGUACUCAAGUUGCAAACAACAGAAAAGAACGAGACUCAUUUGAAUAGUACCUUACACCCAGUGCGAGACGAACAUGGUCGAAUUGUAAUGGGGAUUCAGAACGCAGAAUGUGACGAUGCUCGAACGAAUUUAAAAAUUGAUUUCGAUCCGUACAAUAUCAGUCAUUCUACAGUAUACAUGUGUCUGGACAGCAAACGAGACUAUCGUGGUGACUACAAUGUGGAACCACUGAUAACUCUGAAUAAUAUUCCGGAUGCAUAUGUGGCUAUUCAUAAAUGUAUGAAUUCCAGCAUUGAAUACGAGAGUCCUAUUCCAACUUAUGGUACCCAUCGUCCGUUGUGGCCCCGUUAUGGCGAGUACAAAUACGUUCCGCCUCAGCGAUGGCUACAUAACAGUGAGCAUGGUGCAAUAAUUGCUCUGUACCAUCCCUGUGCCAAUAAGCAACAGAUUGAGGAACUGAAGCAGAUUGUCAAAAGUUGUCUUUACCGGCACAUAAUUACUCCAUCGGAUCUUCCUUCCAAAGAACGUCCAUUUGCGAUUUUGUCGUGGGGUGCACUAUUAGAGUUUUCUGUCCUCCAACGAGAAGUUGUGGAAGAUUUCAUUCGUCAGUAUGCAUUGAAAGGCCCCGAGCAGCUAUCGAAAGAUGGUCAGUAUGAUCAUUUGCUGCUGGCACCCGCCGAGGUUGUUUCAACCCUCGAAGAUGAGGUUUUAUGCCCUAGACACCAACGAAGGGAUUAAACGGAUUUACAAUAAUAAAGGAUAAUGUUUGUGAUAAA